UUCUAUUUGGAGAGGGGAGGUCUUGGACACCUGGUUUCCCUGUUUUGGGAGAGGUCUUGGCACCUGGGUUCCCAGAGGAAAUGGGAUUGGUGGGGAGCAACCCCCCUCUCCUUCCCUGAUGUAACUGCCUGCAAUUUCCUCCUCUGAUGACAUCACAGCUUUAGUCACAGCUCGGCCAUGCCCCCCCUCCUGCCAGCCAAGGGGGAACCCAGGACACCUGGGUUCGUGAAUGGGGGGUGGGGGAAGGCAAAUCCUGUUAACCCCUUGGCGCCCACAGCCCUGACUGUGCCCCCCAUCCCAUGCAUCUUUCCCCCUCACCCCUUGCAGGACUGCAACGAGGAGCAGAGGACCCAGGCAUCCAAGCCAUGCGGGAGGAGGUGGAGGCAGGAGCCCGGUUCCUGGCGCAGCUGCUGACGCGAGGGGUACCUGGGGGGACGGAGGAGCUAGGUGCCCACCUGGCCACGGCCCUGAGCCAGCGCUACCACAGCCACUGGUACCCGGCCCAGCCGGCCCGUGGCCAGGCCUACAGGUGUAUCCGCAUCGAGGCAGGGGCACGGGCAGAUGCAGCUCUGGUGGGGGCUGCCCAGGCUGCAGGGCUGGACUGGGCCAUGCUAACGCUGCCCCCCGACCUCGCCCUCUGGAUCGACCCCGGCGAGGUCAGCUGCAGGCUGGGUGAACACAACCCCCCGUUCCGGAUUGGGCUGCUGGUGACCUCCGACCCUGAGACCCCAGAGGAGCCCUCAGCCUCACCAACCCUGUCGGACAUGACCUCAUCAGUGAUGUCAUCGGAGGAUGAAGCCCCACCCCCACAGCGACGACCACGCCCCAGUCGCACCCCGCCGCGGAAGCCCCGCGCCCAGGCAUGCGACGUGCUGUACGUCCCAGCCCCACUGUGGCUACCUGGCCCCCAGCCCCUGGUGGGCUUCGUCCCCUCCCUGCCCCCCCUCACCCUCCUCUACCUCGGGGGGCUGGGAGGGGCCCCCAAGCUCUCCCGGCCCAAGAAGCCAAGUCCUGAGCGGCUCCGGAGACUCACCCACCGCACGGGCCGGGCCUGACCUCUCCCCUCGAAGGGUUGAAGACUGCCUGGGCUGAGACCAGGUGAAACUGGACAAGUGACAGCUGCUCCUGGAUGCCUGGGUUCUCCCCAGCUCUGCAGGGAAGGAUGGGCUGGGGGGCCGGGGACCCCAGACACCUGGGUCCUGUGAAGGCAGGGGGCCUGGGGGCCCGGACACCUGGGUUCUCUGGGUGGGGUGAGAGCAGGGGGGCCUGGGAGCCCGGACGCCUGGGUUUAUUGCCUGGUUCCUACCUCAGCUGUACAGAGUCAUUGGUGCCUUUAACUUAUCUCUUCCCUGGGUCUGUCCAGGCUGUUGUGGGCGGGGCCAUAUUUACAUAUGCAGUUUUUUAGGGGAGGGGCCAUAAACUCCUCCCAUUUGUAAUAAAAAGCCUUAAAAUGUUAAUAAGCGCGCG